AUGGCGACCUACACCUCCCUUCUGCUACUGCUUGUAGCGCAGCAAGUGCGUGCUUUCGUCGUGCCUAGUCUGGAGCAGCUGGCCAUUUUGGCAGAUAUCGAGCCCUCUACACGUGAGCAGGAGCCUAUCCUGGGUCAGACAGGCAAUACGCCCAAGAAGAUAGCUAUUAUCGGCUCUGGGAUCACCGGCGCUUCAGCCGCUUCAAGGCUGUAUGAAGGCUUCCGCUUCAGUGCUCCUGCGGAUCAGCAGCCUUCGAUCACUGUCUUCGAACGGAAUCCGAUCAUCGGUGGCCGGAUCACCCAGGCGUAUGCUUAUGACUCUAUGAUAUAUCCCAUCGACACCUGCGCAGCUACCUUCGACAGCGAAGACCUAUGCAUCGUGAGCUCAGCAGUCGUCGCCGGACUGACGCUACAAGCACGCAUAACUACCCGACCAAGGACGGGCGAGGGUAUCUGGGAUGGCGAUGAGAUGUUGGCCGUGGAAGAGGAGUUCCGUGACGCUAUUGCGUGGUCAGAGUUCCGCCAAAGAAAGUGGUCGCAACGCUACGACCGCUCGCCAACCAGCUUUUCUCCGCUCGUCAACACGAUCCGCGGCUCCCUAGGUCUAGUACUUGGGACUGCCCUUCCAAUACUCGGCGGAGGUGCGUCCAUCGGUGUUGCGAACUUGAGCGCAGAAGUGGAGAUAGCUGGUCUUUCUGAGAUGGCAAAGAGCUUUCAGUGCUCUGAAACCAAUUACGAGGAUCUCGACGGCAUGUUUGACAGCCCAGAGGCAAAGCGCUUUGGGCGCGAGCUGGUGAACGCGGGCACGAGGGAGCGGUACUUUGCGAAUGGCGACGAGCUGAAUGUGCUGGAGUACAUCCUCGGAUUUCAAGACCAGCUGCCUUCUUACGUUUCGGAGGGAAAUCUGCGGCUGGUCGAAAGACUGUUGAAGCUCUCGACGCCCGACGUCAGGCUAGGAGCAGAGGUCCAGAAGAUCGAAACAAAGGGCAAGAAUGACCACCGACUCACCAUCGUACCCACAGAUGGAGGCGUACCAGCAACCGAGCAAUUCGACGCAGUCAUCCUUGCCACUCCAUACUCGCUGGCCAACAUCACAUUCGACCCACCACUCCAAAACGCCACUGAUCUGAUACAACACUACGAGGACAGCUUCGUGACGCACUUCACGACUCCCUCUCGCCUCAACCAAACCUUCUUCAACUGGACCGACACCAUGCCGCAAAACAUCCUAACAACGACCUCCAGCUCCAACACCACCGCCUCGCCCUUCUUCAGCCUAACGCUCCUCAAGCAAUACGCUCGCGGCAGUCCCCCAACAGCUGAAAACCUCUACAAAAUCGUCUCUCGCGAAGAGAUCGCCUUCACAGAUAUACAGCAGUACCUCGAGGCUCCGGCGAACAUCACCUGGAUCGACGUACAGCCGCUGCCGCGAUCUGUGCCUGUGAAGACGGGGAAGUGCAGGCGGCUGGUGGAGAACCUUGAGGUUGCGCCGGGGGUGUUUUAUGCUGGGGCCGGGGAGCAGGUGAUUGCGAGUGCUGAUAUCGGGUGUAGGCUUGGUGUGAACGCUGCUAGUCUGCUUUUGGGGAAGGCGAGGUGA